GUAAAUUCAUUUGAGUGGAGAGGAAGAAAAACAUAAACAUUAGCGAAGAAGAAGUCUCUUUUUUUUUGUUUUGUUUUGAUCGGAGCCUCGUAGGAAUCGAAAAUCGCGAUGAGUGAAGAAGGAGGUCCCAAGCUUUUCACCAACAAACCCAAAAAGAAGGAUAUCAUCGCUCAGCUGAGGCACGUCGAAGCCAACGGAGCCGCCGCUGUUCCUCCGUCGAAUCCCGCUGCAGCAGCGGCGGCUUCGUAUACGAUGGGCGGUGGUUCUGCUCCUCCACCUCUUCCGCCUCCCAAGGAAUCAUUCGCUCGGAGGUACAAAUAUAUGUGGCCGCUUCUUCUCACCGUCAAUCUCGCCGUCGGAGGUUACCUUUUCUUUAGGACUAAGAAGAAGGACAUAGAGCCUGCAAGUGAAGAGAUUGCUGCUAAAUCAGAUUCAGUCUCGGCUCCUGUUACCAUUGAAAAGCCUGUGUCUUCUGCAAUGGUUGCAGUUGCUGAGCCAGUGGUGGUCAAGGCACGUGAGCCAAUACCGGAGAAGCAGCAACGUGAGCUCUUCAAAUGGAUGUUGGAGGAGAAAAGGAAAGUAAAACCGCAAAACGCUGAAGAGAAGAAGAGGAUUGAUGAAGAAAAAGCGAUUCUGAAACAAUUCAUAGCAUCCAAAACCAUUCCUACACUCUGAUUAAAUUUCAGUCUCUGUUGAUUUUGGUUUUAGUUAUUUUUGUGGAUGUUUUGCUUUUUUUGGAGGAAAAGAAUGAUCAGUUUGAAUAUUUAAACCAGUAACUUUUGAAUCUCAUCCUUUUCAUUA